ACGAUGUCAUCGACCGAUGGAGAUACGUAUGAGUACACUGCCAACACGUCGUCAGAAGACCGGUUCCAUUAUGCUGAGGGGAACAGCAUGAAGGACUAUGAGCAUGAGACUUCGGAUCUGGUCUACCAGGGCGGUCACCAGCAUCCCGUUGUACCAGCAUCAACACCAGCAGCAGUCUCGGUGAAGGCGAAUGGGCGUCGUGGCCUCGCACGGGACAGCCACGUGAUGACGACAGCAGCAGUGGCCCCAGCGGAGGCCUACAUCUCCAGUGACUAUGUCACCGCUCGGGACACGAGCAAGCAGCCGACUCCCAAGCGAACGAAAGCUUUCGACGUGGCUUCCCAGGGCGUCUCAGUUGGGCAAGGAGGCCCGGAACAGGGACGCUCCAUCUUCGGGAUGCCAGCAGGCACGUUCACCCUCUACACCAUCCUGAUGGCCCUCUUUGUGGUGGCGCUCAUUUACGUCUACGUUCUGUUUAGACGGGACCCGGUUCGGCCACCGAUAGCCAAGAAGCUGGGCCGGUGGGCCAACGACAGUGCUUCCACUGUCGAAUGA